GCCACAUACAGUGCGCCCUCCUUCUGCCACACCAGGCGAGGUACUUGGGCUUUUCCCUCGCCUCUUCGAGUCGACCUCCUCCGUUUUUCCCUGCCCGCCCAGUCACCGCACUCAUCAUCACCACCUUCGUUCACAACCCCCAGCCUCUUGCCUGCCUGGUUCUGACUGUUAGUCCUUGGUUUUAACUCGCAGCUCGUGCAUCCUCCUCGGUAGGCGCUUCCUCUGGUUCAAGGUCACUACAAAAGUACGAGCAUUGUUUGGUAUUUUGCUGUUAUCUGUCGCCACGACUGAACCCUGGGCUGGCCUCGUGUGGCCUCGUCUUCCCCCAGUCUUCCUCCUGCUCAGUUAAAGGAGGUUCCUGACUACACGUUCCACGAUCUCACCAUUUCGCUCCAAGGCCCGACCGACGAGACUGUUACACGACAACCUUAUCAUUUUCAUAUCGCGUUACGCACCGCCUCGAUUUUCACGAAACCUGUCAUUUUUGCGUGCAUAGAUGAUUUCUUUGCAGUAGCCGUGUCGUGAACCUGCGGAUUUCAGCCGCCGGCAUGGAAACCAAACGCCCUCGUUCGAGCCAGACCACCGUGUCGGUUAAGUACGAUGAUCCCGACUCUCUUUCACCACAUCCCAGGAUAAAAUUUAGCGCCGAGUGCAUAGAGACAAAGAUAGUCACCACCACCACAACUACCAAACGAACCUAUCCGCCGCUCCAAGUCCACGAGUCGAGACCGCUAUUUUCACUCGAUGCCAAGGAAUACCCCCUCGCCCGAAAGCCAACACCUCCUGAACUCGCCCACUUCGCCUUUAGUGUCGAGAACCAUGACCCCCUUCUCUUGUCCACUGAGGACGACAGUCUAACCCAUCAAGAAUCCCAGCAAACCACCGGCGAUGACUCUACACAGACAACCAAGGCAAGUACUGCUUUGGACGAUUCAUUUACGGAACUGCAUUCGCCCUCGUCCAAACCUCAAUCUCCAUCUUCACAGGUAUCAUCACGGAAACCUCUUGGAACAGCUGCCAGAUCAGUCUCACCUACCACAGUAGGCCCUGUGAAGAAGAACUCAGGGCGUUUAUCCGUUCGAUCACAAACUACAUCCUAUUCGAAUGCCAUGACUAGCAAGCUGCGACGUGGUUUAUCCCGCAGCUCCCGAAACCUCGAGACUGAUGGCGAGGCAAACACAAGUGAAUUUAGCAGCGUUUUCCCAGUCACGCCUAACACCACUGAUCCUCCUUCGAGCAUUCUUAGCCAGCCACCCAAGCUUCGGCGCACGAAUCUUGACUCGUUCGAGACCCCCCAGUCCGAACCAAGCCAGCAGCCGUCCUUUUUUGACAUCUCUAGUCCGACCGGUAGUGAUACUCACACCGCCUUCGGUAACGUGGCUACUCCCCCGGUUACCGACGCGGAUGUGGAAGCCGAGCCAUUUGUUGAUGCCGACGAAUCUCUCCAGCGAUCCAUCCGAGCUCUGCAUCAUCCACGGCCGAUCAACACCAUUGUAGCCCAAGAUGCCAGCCUACCUAGUCCACGGCUGUCUCCGACUCUUCAAGCAGCUCAGUUACAUACCUUGGGUCACGACGAAGACGGCAUCCAUGCUGAAGAUGAGCCAUCUGCCACUUUGAGUGAGGAGAGUCAGAUCCCAAACGCAUUAGAUGAUGAUUCCGACCCCUCAUCUAUACUAGCUGAAAAUGAGUCCAUGGCCAUAACUCGUUAUGAUGGGUCCCAGGGGAGCCAGGCGACGUUUAUGAACAGCCGCUCCAUGCUUGAAUCAUUCGACGCGAUGCCACCAGAAAUGCAGUCCUUCAUGAUGUAUCAGUUUCUUAGACGAUGUUCCAGGAAAACUCUACAUGUCGUUGCUAAUGCUGUCAAUCCCGCAUUGAAUUGCGACAUUCUGCAGUUCCUCCCCUUGGAACUAACUCUUCAUGUUCUCUCCUAUCUUGACCACCGAGACCUUUGCCGUGCUGCACAAGUUUCCAAGUGCUGGCGAGGCAUCAUCGACAGUAAUGAAACUGGUUGGAAGGAAUUAUUCGACCGCGACGGAUUUGUUUUGGGUAUCGGUGAACUGGAUAGAGCCAUCCGUGAGGGCUGGGGUUGGCAAGAUCCUGUUGGGCCUGAGGGCUGCGAACGAGAUUUCAGUCUACAAAACCGAUUAACCUCAACGGAAAACGAACUUCGUUCAUCCAAACCCGACCCUCCAUUACAGAAACUACGAUCUUCGAAGCGAAAGAGAGCAUUGAAUAACUUCAGUUCCGACCGAUCGAAACGCCGGGCUAGUAACCAAGAUAAUGUCAAAGAUGAUAGGACAUAUACAGGCAGCAAAAUCAAUAAGUCUGAAGGUCCCAUUUCCGCCGCCAAUGCUGCCGCGAUUGCGGUACCUGAUCCGCAUGUUGGUCUACCAAGCUUGAGGAAACUCCAUUUGUUCAAGUCUUUGUAUAGGCGUCAUUACAUGAUCCGUAAGAGUUGGACAAGUGGAAAAGUCAGACCUGGACAUGUUGCCUUUGCAGCCCAUCCGCGACAUGUCAUUACCUGCUUGCAGUUUGACGAUGACAAGAUCAUUACCGGUAGCGACGACAUGUUAAUACACGUCUAUGAUACCAAAACCGGAAAGCUACGAAAGCGACUGGAGGGCCAUGAGGGUGGUGUCUGGGCUCUGCAAUAUGAAGGCAACGUUUUGGUAUCUGGCUCGACCGAUCGUUCAGUUCGCGUAUGGGAUAUCGAGAAAGGUCUCUGCACACAGGUCUUUUAUGGACACACCAGCACUGUCCGAUGUCUACAAAUAUUGAUGCCUACCAAAACCGGCAAGGUGGAAAACGGCCAGGAUGUGAUGAUGCCCCAGAAGCCAUUAAUAAUAACUGGCUCCCGUGAUAGCCAACUGCGCGUGUGGCGUCUACCCGAGGCGGGCUCUAGAAGAUAUAUACAAACUGGCCCGCCUGCCAACGACGCCGAUUGCCCCUAUUUCAUUCGCACGCUACAAGGUCACACCCAUUCCGUACGUGCGAUUGCUGCCCAUACAGACACUUUGGUGAGUGGGAGCUACGAUAAUACUGUCCGUGUGUGGCGCAUCAGCACAGGAGAGACUGUCCAUGUCCUACAAGGACAUACCCAGAAAGUGUACAGCGUUGUACUGGACGUUAAACGCAAUCGCUGCAUAUCAGGGAGUAUGGAUAGCUUUGUGAAGAUUUGGGAUCUGGAAACGGGUUCCUGCCUGCAUACACUAGAAGGCCACUCUCUACUUGUUGGCUUACUCGAUCUCCGGGAUGAGCGACUAGUGUCUGCCGCUGCUGAUAGCACCCUCCGUAUCUGGGAUCCGGAACAAGGCCGUUGUCAAGCUACCUUGACAGCGCAUACGGGUGCCAUCACAUGCUUUCAGCAUGAUGGGCGCAAAGUUAUAAGUGGCAGUGAUCGGAAUCUGAAGAUGUGGGACACACGUACGGGCGAAUGUCUUCAAGAUCUCCUCACAGACCUUAGUGGGGUCUGGCAGGUCAGAUUUGAUGAACGUCGCUGUGUUGCAGCUGUCCAGAGGGACCACUUGACAUACGUCGAGGUCCUCGAUUUUGGCGCUAUUCGGGACGGUAAAAAACCUGAGGAACUCGGUAAACGCAUUCUUCUCAACGCACCCGAAGUACAGCGCAUUAUGGAAGAAGAAGCUUAGAAACUCUAUCACACAUCGAUCGAAUAGCAUUCAACUGAAAGAUAUCUCCGGACAACCAUGAAUGGGCUUUGUGGACUUUGGCCGCUUUCGUUAACGGUACCCCACAAUUCCACCGAUGUAAACAGCCAUAUAAAAGCCUGCAAGAGUCCUGUCCAAAAUUAGCUAGGAGCGGCUGCUCCUAGUACACAAGAAAGAAAAACGAGGGAAGAAAACCACACCAUCCAAAGUUGAAUACUAGCCACAACCGGCUAGUUCAGGCUGGACAUAUUGUUACUACGACAAAAGACGUGGCACCCUUACCAUCUCUGUUCAGCUUCUCAGCAAAGGGGAGCUAACAAUUGCAUUGUUUGCCUCUAUUCAACAUGCUUCGCAUAUAUGCUCGCAUCAUCGUUUUUUUGAGCUAGGAGAGUUACCUCGAGCUUAUGGUCCUAUCUGCCACCAAAACUUUCUAAUACAGAGGGAAGCAUGUCGCUUGUUUUGUUGAAGCAUCCAUUUGUUAGUCUGGCAUCAUUCAUGGCGAGCAUUAAUGACGCUCAUGAAAGGC